GCUAAUCCACAGAAUCCGAAUCCGCAGAAAAAUGUCAACCAACAACAGAAUCCUAAUCAACCCGCCCCACGAGCACGGGCUCUUAUGACACCACCUGAUCUCUAUCUGUUUGACUCUGCACAUCACCUCGCUGGAGCAUGGUUGGCCACGCUUCGGGCACAACAAUAUGACGAUAAUGAAGCUCAUGUGAAUAUUCCCGCCCGAUUAGGAGGGGACGCUCAUCAUUGGUUCAACACUUAUGUAUGGGUGGGUCUUCCGACUUUCGAGCGAGAUUUUUUGAAUCGAUUAGAUUAUGUCCAUCCAGAGCAAGCGCUCUUCAUGAUCAAAGACCGAGUUCAAAAACCUCUCGAGUCUAUUGCAGAAUAUCGAAAUCGGUUCUACCGAAUGUUUGUGAAAACUGAGCGGGGCGAGCAAGUAGGGAGAGAUUUGUUUAUCGAUGGACUUCGCAGCCGAACGAUAAGGGCGGAACUGCGAAAACAGUUUUCCCCCAUCAAUCGUACACUGCAAAAGAUUAUGGCCGCUGCAGAGGAGAUGAAACGGAAGUUCGCGAUCAUCGAUCUCGCCUUUUUCCAAGAUCGGGCGGCCUCCGAGGACGAAGAAAUAGAGAUCGAGGAAGAGAGCGUCGAGGAAGAAGAAAAAGUCGUCGAAGAGGACGAGGAGGAAGAACCCCCGGAGGAAGGCAGUUAUAGCGAGCACAACGAGGGAGAACAGAGUGAAGGCGAGGAAGAAGAUGAGGAAGGAGAAGAGGAGCUAGAGCUGGAGGAGUCGGAGUGGGAGAUUUUGGAGGAGGAGCUCGAACGAACGGAAGCAGAGCAGGCCGAAGACCCCGAGGCGGCGCGCAAGAGAGACGAAAUCGCGGCCGGGAAACGGCAGCUGGAGUUCGCCAGCGCGGCAACGAAGGGCCGCAAGAGCUUGGAGGCUGACACGUCACACCUCUCUACUACUGAUAAGGACGAUCAUUCGAGAAGAGAGGUUUUGCAAAACUCCACUCAAAAGCCAUGUCCGUGUCCAGAGACUUUAAGCCCCGUUUGCGGAGUGGACCGCAAGACUUACAUCAACGGCUGCAUAGCCCUCUGCAAUGGCAUCCACAGCUUCAUCCCUGGCAACUGCACAGUUAUUGGCUGCCUGGCGGAGUGUCCAAGGAGUUUUGACCCCGUUUGCGGUUCUGAUGGGUUAACCUACAGCAAUGUGUGCGUUGCAGAGUGCGCAGGCGUCUUCCAUUACACACCUGGUGUGUGUGAAUAAAGCGGACAACUUCAACUUCAACCCGCACUGACAGUGUAGUGAGAGCACCAGGUCCUAGGGUCAGACUGCAAAAGUCUACAAGAAUACCAGCCACCUAGUAAGGGCAGCAAGAAUGCCAUCCAACCAUUAGGAGUGGGCCCGAGUAGAGCUGUAUGGUGAGCUGCAAUGCCAGUGAAGCUUCUACUUUAACAUCUGGAGAUUCUGAGUGGAAAGCUUGCAGAAAAGCCAGCCCGAAUGUACUUAUGAACGCAUCCAGGCUCCAGGGCAUCAGAGGAAGAGGUACACGAUGAUCAGAGGAAACAGGAUUUGGGUGGGUGGUCCCUACAGUAGUCUAAAUGGGAAACACACGGUAGAAUUACUCGAGGGGAUAAGGGUCCACUGAUCUAUCGGGGAGGGAGAGAUGGUGGCGGUUCUACAAUGUCGUCUAUAACUAUCUUAAAAGUCUACUCCUUUUUAAAAUUCCUGAACUAGUUCGCAAAAGGGGGGGAAGGGAGGAACUAGUUUGUAACGGCAGAUAUCUGGCACCUGGCACAGGAUGAAGAGGUUCUCUCCCCCUUUUCUAAAGACCUGCUCAGUCAAUCCUCUGGAUCCCAGAGUAAUCAAUGCUGGCAGGGGUU